AUGGCCGCGAAGUCGGAUGGAGCGGUGGCCGCGGCCGGCCCGGGGCCGGAGGGGGCGGCCGGAGGAGCUCGGGGCGGUGCGGGUGGGCGCGGGGAGGCGGCGGCGGCAGCCGGGGACCCCGGGGUAACCGGGGCGGGAGGCCCGGGGCCGCGCUACGAGCUGCGGGACUGCUGCUGGGUGCUGUGCGCGCUGCUCGUGUUCUUCUCCGACGGCGCCACGGACCUGUGGCUGGCGGCCUCCUACUACCUGCAGGGUCAGCGCACCUACUUCGGCCUCACGUUGCUGUUUGUGAUCCUGCCCUCGCUUGUCGUACAACUGCUCAGCUUCCGCUGGUUCGUCUACGACUACACGGAGACCGCUGGGGCCCCGGGACCCGCAGUCAGCACCAAGGGCAGCGGCGCCGGCGGGCCGGUCAUCAGCACCAAGGACAGCGCCGUCGCCUUCCGUACCAAAGAAGGCAGCCCCGAUCUGGGCCCCCGACCUGAGCCCUCCUCGGCCAGCGCCUACCGCCGCCGCUGCCGCCGCUGCCGCCGCCUCUGCGUCUGGCUACUGCAGACCCUCGUCCACGUCCUGCAGCUCGGCCAGGUCUGGAGGUACCUGCGCACCGUGUACCUAGGGCUGCAGAGCCGCUGGCGCGGGGAGCGGCUGCGGCGCCACUUCUACUGGCGGAUGCUGUUCGAGAGCGCCGACGUGAGCAUGCUGCGCCUGCUGGAGACCUUCCUGCGCAGCGCGCCCCAGCUUGUGCUGCAGCUCAGCCUCCUGGUGCACCGCGGCGGCGCGCCCGACCUGCUGCCCGCCCUCUCCACCUCCGCCUCACUCGUGUCCCUGGCCUGGACCCUGGCCUCCUACCAGAAGGUGCUGCGGGACUCACGGGACGACAAGAGGCCGCUGUCCUACAAGGGCGCCGUGGCCCAGGUGCUGUGGCACCUGUUUGCCAUCGCGGCCCGCAGUCUGGCCUUCGCGCUCUUCGCCAGCGUUUACAAGCUCUACUUUGGCAUUUUCAUUGUGGCCCACUGGUGCGUCAUGACCUUCUGGGUCAUCCAGGGUGAGACGGACUUCUGCAUGUCCAAGUGGGAGGAAAUCAUCUACAACAUGGUGGUGGGCAUCAUCUACAUCUUCUGCUGGUUCAACGUCAAGGAGGGCCGCAGCCGCCGCCGCAUGACCCUCUACUACUGCAUCGUCCUGCUCGAGAACGCCGUGCUCACCGGCUUCUGGUACUCCAGCCGCAACUUCUCCACUGACUUCCACUCACUUAUUCUGGUCUGCGUCGUGGCCUCCAGCUUCGCACUGGGCAUAUUCUUCAUGUGUGUCUACUACUGCCUCCUGCACCCUAACGGGCCCCUGCUGGGUCCCCAGAUGCCUGGCUGCAUCUGCCCUGAGGCCCGAGGGACCUGUGGCCCACCAGCCGAUGCUGUCACAAGUCCCCCGAGGUCCCUGCCCAGGACUACAGGCGCUGAGCGGGAUGGAGCCCCCAUGGGAGGCGAGCGUGCGGGGACCCCCACACCACCUGUCUUCCAGGUGCGACCUGGCUUGCCUCUCACGCCCGUGGCCCGCACCUUGCGGACAGAGGGGCCUGUCAUUCGGAUUGACUUGCCUCGUAAGAAGUACCCUGCCUGGGACGCUCAUUUUAUCGACCGCCGGCUCCGGAAGACCAUUCUGGCGCUGGAAUACUCCUCGCCUACGACACCCCGCUUGCAGUACCGGAGCAUCGGGAUCCCCCAGGAGCUGCUGGAGUAUGAGACCACGGUGUAG